CCGCGGGCCGGGUGGCGCCGCGCCGCGCUCCGAGGGCAGGCGCGAUGGCAGGGUCGUGGGGCGCCCCGGGCGGGACCCUGAAAGGCAACGGCAGCGCGCUGCUCAACGCCUCGCAGCGGGCGCCCGGCGGCGGGGAGGGGGCGCGGCCGCGACCCUCCUGGCUGGCCUGCACGCUCGCCUUCACCCUCAUCUUCACCAUCGUGGUGGACGUCCUGGGCAACCUCCUGGUCAUCCUGUCUGUGUAUCGGAACAAGAAGCUGAGAAACGCAGGAAAUCUAUUCGUGGUGAGCCUGGCAGUUGCGGACCUGGUGGUAGCCGUGUAUCCAUACCCCUUGGUGCUGAUAUCUAUAUUUAACAACGGGUGGAAUCUGGGCCAUCUGCACUGCCAAAUUAGCGGGUUCCUGAUGGGCUUGAGUGUCAUUGGCUCAAUAUUCAAUAUCACUGGAAUUGCCAUCAACCGCUAUUGCUACAUCUGCCACAGCCUCAAGUACGACAAGCUGUACAGUAACAAGAAUUCCCUCUGCUGCGUGUUCCUGAUAUGGAUGCUGACCCUCGUGGCGAUCGUGCCCAACCUGCGUACCGGCACCCUGCAGUACGACCCGAGGAUCUACUCCUGCACGUUUACGCAGUCUGUCAGCUCAGCAUACACAAUCGCGGUAGUGGUCUUUCAUUUCCUCGUUCCUAUGACCGUAGUCAUCUUCUGCUACCUGAGAAUAUGGAUCCUGGUUCUUCGGGUCAGGCGGAGGGUGAAACCUGACAGUAACCCCAAAAUGAAACCACAGGACUUCAGGAACUUUGUCACCAUGUUUGUGGUUUUUGUACUUUUUGCCAUUUGCUGGGCUCCUCUCAACUUUAUUGGUCUUGCCGUGGCUUCAGACCCCGCCAGCAUGGUACCCAGGAUCCCAGAGUGGCUAUUUGUGGCGAGUUACUAUAUGGCAUAUUUCAACAGCUGCCUCAAUGCCAUUAUAUAUGGGCUCCUGAACCAAAAUUUCAGGAAGGAAUACAGAAGAAUUAUAGUCUCACUGUGUACAGCCAGAAUGUUCUCUGUGUGUCGUUCUCAUGAUGCUGCCGAUAGGGUUAAAUGCAAACCCUCUCCGUUGGCGACCAACAAGAACCUAGUAAAAGUGGACUCUGUUUAAAACACAAAGCAUUGCUGACAAGGUAUACACACUUCUCAAGGUCUUACUCAUUUUCGUGGUUGCCUCCCUCUUGACAGAUGCCUAGAAGCACAGGGCAGUCGAGAAAACUUGCACUCUUAGGAGGUUGUCUCUAGUUUAUGAGCUCUGUGGGAUCAGCCUUCUGAAUCGGUCUCUAACUCUGCUUAUGAAGAGAAAUACAGAACCUAAGAGUUAUAUGUUAAUUGGAGAAUAUGGUUCAGGGACAGAGGCGUGGGCGGGCAAUGAUUUUAAAUAAAAAUGCUAAAUGUAUUCACGUGGAGAAACAGUGUGCAAACUUUUAUGGCAAAUGAGCGUCAUAAAGCAUUUGCUUUUUUCCUCCACUUUUUGAAGAUUGCUUGUAGGAAAACAAAUGAUGUGUCGUAGUCAUAAACAAGCAAAUGGAACAACAAGAGAGAAGUGGGAUGAUUGAUUCAUUACACGGCGACAGGCUGAAAAUAAAUCAGGGAAUAACGACACAUCAGCAACAAACCACAGCAAAGUUUUCACUUAGCACUGGUAGCAUUGGGUGACUAUAGUCAUGAUUCUAAAUGCGGUCUCUUUCUCUCGAGUGUUGCAUGUUUAACUAGAUAAAGAAUGAACUAUAGGACGGAGCUCUUUUCCAGAUCUCAAUAACCACAGUAUUUGAAAGCAAUAGCGAAAUACAAAAUUCUAUUGG